UACCCAGAUCUUGGCAUUGGUUGCUCAACAAUUGCUAAAAUAUUAAAAGAAAGUAGUAGAUGGCUAAGUAUUGAUACUAAUUCUAUUUCUAGAAGUAAAUUUCAAAAUAAAAAUCCUAAAUUUCCAUUGCUUGAUCAAGCUUUAAAUCGUUGGGUAGAACAGGUAUCAGCAUCAGCUGUUGUAUUGAAUGAACAGCUUAUUAAAGAGAAAAGUUGGAGCUUUGCAAAUCUUUUAGGAAUAGAUGAAGAUGAUAAUGCAAGUUCACAUUCUUCAAAUGAUGGCGAAGCUCCUCUUCAGUUGUCAAACAUUACAUUGCAAUAUCUUCCUCCCAACACCACAUCCCAUCUGCAACCACUGGAUGCAGGGACUAUCAAGUCAUUCAAAGCUAAAUAUAAACAUUUAUAUUGUUCACAUGUUCUAAGACAAUUUGAAAGUGGUGUAGAUAUUGAAAAUGUAACAACUACAACAAUAAAAAACUGUUGGGGAAAGACAGGUAUUCUCCCUGGUGGCCAAAUUUUACAAAUGAAUUCAGUGGUGAAUGAAGAUGAUGA